AUGAGUGACGCUCAUCAGCCACUUGAAAAAAAGAUAGCCAUACAUAAUUCUCAAAUUACACUACAAGCACCCCAGACCCUAUUAUCACCCUUUUGUUGUAUAGGUAUGAUGAUUACAGAUAUUGUAGUAAAGAAACCAGCUCUUGAAAUCAAUAAAGAUGAACACUAUGAGCCUGUUCGAGUAGAAUAUGAGGGGAAAUUAAACUCGAAUGAAUAUUCAUUCAGGGUUAUCUCACGAAUCAGUUGUUCAAAGUUUUUAGGUUGGGUUCCAUUUAGAGAAACAAGAGUCUUGGGCCCUAUACGAGAUAAAAUACAGCUGGAAGGUGUCAUUCCACAUUCAAAAGCGACAUCGACACGCAUACCACUUUAUAUCAUUCUUUAUUGUCAAACUAAACAUGUAGAUACAAUAGCAAAUCAUUUUAAAGUACACCAACUUUAUUUAAAGCAACCCCCCUUUUAUAAUCCUCGUUGUCACUAUUAUAACCCACAUCCUGAAGCCCGUCAACAGUCUCUACAGCACCAGAGAUCAUUUACAAACACACAUCAUCAUGACGGUCAAAUACAACAACAACAACAAAUUGAAAUGUUAUUAAAUAGUAUUGCUUAUGAAGAAGAAGAAGAAGAAAGAGAAGAGAAUUUGAUUGUUCAAGAUGGAUUAACAAUCGAAUUAAUGAAGCAUCAAUUAAAAGGAGUUCAUUGGAUGAUAGAUAGAGAACAUAAUAAAAGCAGUCAAGGUGGCAUACUAGCAGAUAUGGGGUUAGGAAAGACGAUACAAAUGAUUGCAUUAAUGACCACUACUGCUACUACUGCUACUGCUACUACUGCUACUACUACUACUACCUUAAUAGUCACACCACUCGCUUUAAUCCAUCAAUGGAUAAAUGAAAUUCAACAAAAAUCACCCACACUCAAUGUCUUGAGAUACCAUGGACCCAAUAGAACAAAUGAUUCAAACGUAUUCAAGAAUUAUGACGUCGUCGUUACAACCUACCAACUUAUCUUGUCAGAUAAAGAGACACUUUUCAAUUUUGAAUGGUAUCGUAUCGUAUUAGAUGAAGCGCAUUAUAUUAAAAACCAUCAAACCAAGAUUUCAAUUCGUUGUUGUGAAUUACAGGCUAAAAAACGAUGGUGUCUAACGGGGACGCCUAUCCAAAAUAAUAUAAAUGAACUCUAUAGUUUUUUUAGAUUUCUUAAAAUAGAGCCAUGGUCCAAUUAUAAAGCAUUUAGAAAGAUGAUUUAUCAAAAUAGUAACAGCAAUGAAAAGAUGAUAUUAGAGAAAAUAAGAAGUAUUUUAAUGGCUAUCAUGUUGAGAAGAACUAAAAAAGAGGAUAAUACGAUUGUUUAUAGUAUCAAGUAUAGACAAGACAUUUUACUUGAAUUUAAUGAAGACUAUGAAAGAUCUUUAUACAACAUGUUAUUAAAUAGAACAAGAGUUCUAGUGUUUGAAUAUAAUGAAAAUCGAUAUAUAAACAUGUUAUGUUUAUUAUUAAGACUUCGACAAGCUUGUAACCAUCCUCAGCUUGUAUUUAAUUCAAUUACACAAGAUAAAGAUGCUUUAGACAUUAUUAACCAUCAGCACUCAACAACAACAACCGUCAUCAAUAACAAUGCUGAUGGCUGUUGUAAAUUAUGCGGAAAUAAAGAAGACUUGCCUUUCUGUAAAGAAUGUAAAACCAUAUUAAGCUCAUUAAAGUCUUCCUCCUCAGAUAACAAUAGUCGUAGUAGUACAAAAAUGAAAAAAUUAUUAGAAAUUCUACAAGAAACUCGAGUUCAAAAUCCAAAAGAAAAGACAAUCAUAUUUUCACAGUUUACUUCAAUGCUAGAUUUAAUGGAAGAUUCCUUAAGAGAGAAUGGAUUUCAAUACUCUCGAUAUGAUGGAUCUAUGUCAACUAUUUUACGUGAAAAGAAUUUAAUUGAAUUUAAACAUAAUCCAGAAUGUACAAUUAUGCUGAUAUCAUUAAAAUGCGGUUCUUUAGGCUUAAAUUUAACUGAAGCAAAUAGAGUUAUUCUAAUGGAUAUUUGGUGGAAUCCUGCAAUAGAAGAACAAGCAAUUGAUAGAGUAUAUAGAAUUGGACAAAGAUUACCCGUCUAUGUUACUAGAUUAUUAAUUGACAAUUCUAUUGAGCUUAAAAUGUUAGCUUUACAAGAAAAAAAGGCACAAUUAAUGAAAAGUGCUUUAGGAGAAAAUAGCUUUUCAUCUAUUCAACAAAAACUUACUACAAAAGAAUUACGAACCUUAUUUGAUUUAUAA